CACUGCUGCACUCGAUUGUUUAUUAUGUACUUAUUCUAAUGAGACAAAAAGUAAUCAGUAUAACAGUAUACAAAGUUACCUUCAGUGCGUUCGACGGUACAAUACGAGUAAGUCUGUGUAUGUAUUUCACCGACGCGACAUUGGAGAUGAAAAUGAACAAAAUAGGCCUAAUGCUCAUCUUGCUAACAAUCUCACCUCUGCUCUUCGUAUCAAACACACACUCAGCCAGCAUAUUAUACCUUUAUCAUCUCGGAGGCAAGAGCACCACUUCAUUACACCAAGCAAUCAGUAAACUUCUACUAAAAAAUGGCCACCAGAUCACCGCCGUUAGUCCAAUACCAUUAAGCGAAAACCUCGCCAAUUACACAGACUUGGGAGUACACGACGACUUGAUAAAAUUCUCUGAUGAAUUCUCUCUCGAAGAUGGAUACAAGGGCACCUUCGCAAACAGAAAACUGGUUUACGAAAUUCAAAACGAGAAUUGCAAAAACAUCUAUCGAAACGUGAAACUUGCCAAGGCGGUGAAAAAUCUCAAAGUAGAUCUAGUCUUGUUGGAGAUAGAUGGCGCAGAAUGCUUCCUACCGUUUGCAGCUCAAUUCAACGUACCGAUAAUUGGAGUAACCACUUCGUAUUUUGCAUUCCCCGAUUUAGAUGGAGUGAUGGGUAACCCGAUAAAUCCAUCUUCUGUGCCGAUUCCUUUCAGCGAAUUAUCUCCACAGAUGAACUUCUUCCAGAGAUUGCAAAAUACCAAAGAUUACGUGUUACAUUUGCUGAUCAGCUGGUAUUACAUUAACGAAGCUGAUUCAAUUGUAGGCGAGCAUUUGGAAAGUCCGCCGAUUCGAGAAUUAUACGAUCGAAUCGCUGUGGUGUUUUGCAACAAUCAUUUUAGUUUUUUGUCAAAACCAACGGCACCCAGUACUGUUGAUAUUGCUGGAAUUCAUAUAGGAAAUCCUUCACCACUGCCAAAAGAAAUCCAAACAUUCAUAGACAGUUCGCCUAAAGGAGUGAUAUAUCUAAGUUUGGGUUCAGCAGCUAAGUUCAGCGGACUUCCGAAACACAUGCACGACUCAUUCACAAACGUAAUGGAAAAAUUACCCUAUCGAGUGAUCUGGAGACACGACAAACCUGAAAUGGUUUCGAAUACGUCAAAAAAUAUCCUAGUUCAAAAGUGGCUCCCCCAGAAAGAUAUUCUAGCUCACCCGAAAGUCAUUCUGUUCAUAACACAUAGUGGGAUUUUCAGCACGUUCGAAGCAAUCUAUUUCGCUGUACCAAUGUUGACUUUUCCUAUUUUAUACGACCAGUUUACAAAUGCAGUUUUGAUAAAAAGUUUAGGAGCUGCAUUGCCUCUAGAAUUGCAUAAUCUUAACGAACAAUCUUUGAUGUCAGGCAUAAACGAAGUGGUACAAAACAACAAGUAUCGAGAAAAUGUUAAAAAACUAUCGAAUAUUUUCAAAGACAGACCUCUGAAUCCUCAAGAUACGUUGGUUUAUUGGGUGAAUUACGUACUCAGGCAUAAAGGUGCUUCAAAUUUAAAACCAGCAGGAGCAAAGUUACCAUUUUAUCAGCAUUUAUUAUUGGAUGUGAUUUUAUUUUUGACAGUUGUGAUAAUUUCAACUGGCUACAUCGUUUAUUCAACUCUAAAAACGACCACUUCGCUAUUGAAGAGGUUGUUACGUAAUAAGUCAACUAUACGAAAACCAAAAACGUCUUAAUAAUUGUGAUGUUUCCUUACUUAUUUUAGGAAGUGACAAAAGAAGAUACUUGUACUACCUGUACCUUACUUAUUUCAUCAGGAAUGCAAUAAAAAUUUAUCAAAUUAUCGUUGCAAAGACCUCCCAAACUAGUACUCUCUAAUUUGAACAAAUUCAAAAUAGAUUAGAAGAGCAUGGCCCAACUCCCCCUCCCCACUCCCCGAGUAAACAAAAAAUAGCAAGACCUUCGGUUUUUGGCGAGUUUUUUGAAAAAAUGUAAAAAAUCCAAAGAAGCUGAUUCAAGAGAGAUUCUUCGACUUUUUCAUGUCUACAUUUUUUUAAACAAUGUGGACUAACACGUUGAUAAUUCCUUAAAUUCAACCCCAGUACAUCAAUAACUUCUAGUUUUGGGUAAUUCUGGAGCCUCCAGCGAUUUCACAAAUUUUCUCUAGAAACAAAUUACCCUAGAAAGACCAAAAAUGAACUCUUUGGUGUGUUCUUCUGCUUAUGGGGCAUCCUCUUGGCCGUUUCACGUAGUUACCGCAAAAUUCCGGGAGUUACAGCUCAAAAGUAAAUUUUGAGGCAAUUUGUAAAUUCCAAGACAAGUGAAAAAAUCAAAUUUUCAAAAGAGAAAUCGCCUGAUGUGUGUACAUAAAAUGUAUAGGAGGAUUUUGCCAGAAUUCUAAGGAGACCUUUGGCUCCAGAGGAGUCUCUGAAGGCGAGAUAAGUACUCAAAAAACGGUAAUUUUCAAAAAAAAAUCGUGUUUUUUUCCCCUUGCUUCUACCCAACAUGUUACAAAAAAAAAAUAGCCCAAUCCAAUGUUGAAAAAGGCCAUUUCACUCAAUGUAAUGAACUCAUCACAAAAAAAUCAAAAUUCGAAAAAAUUGUAAAAAUAAACGAAUUUUAAUUUUUUGACUAUGAGUGUGAUUUUUAUCAACUUUUUUUAUGAAAUAUGUCGGAAAGAGGCCAAAAUAAGACAACAGAAUGAAUUUAAACUUUUUUUAAAAUUUGGAAUUGAAAAUUAAAUUUUUUCAAAUUUUGAUUUCUUGUGAUGAGUUCAUUUCAUCGAGUGAAAGGGGGUUUUCAAUUUUUUCAACGGAUACGUAAAAAUAGGGGUGAAAUGGGUCAACUUCAUCACUCAAAACUUUUUUUCAUGUUUUAAAUCAAAAAAUCGCAUUUUUCACAAAUUGACCAAAAUUCAAUUUGAAAUUAGCUUCUAUGCAAUUUUGUGGUAACUACACAUCUAAAACGGUCAAGAGAGUGCCGAAUAAGCACCAACCAGUUAUAAUUAGGUUGUCUUGAAGUUGAUUCUUGAUUCUUUUAAAGUAAUUUGACUUUUUGGAAAAAAUUGAAAAAUCGAUGGAGGCUCCAUGAUGUUUCAAAAUAUGUAGUAAUUUUUGAUCUGUAGGAAUUGAAUUGAAAAAAUAUUCAUAUUUGUUCACUCUGCUCAAAAAAUUUAUAACCUUUAAAAAAGUUCAAAAAUCGCCUUUAAAAGUAGCUUUUUUGAAUUAUUAAAUUUUCAAAAAUUUGCCAUAAAUUCAAAAAUUAACUUCAGGAUGUAAAAUUUUGGUUACGAGGAUUUUAAGAAUUACAAUUUCGAUCUGGCUCGGUUUCUUUCAAAUCGAAAUGAGAGCCCCCAUUCAGAAAACUCUUUUGUUAGAAUUUUUAUUGUCAUAUUAAAUAAUUUUUUGUCAA